AUGAAAAAAAUCGCCUGUGCCAUACCGCAGAAGAAGGUGUGGGAGGAAUUCAGCAUUGCAAUUGUAGUCGAAGGUGGAUUAGGAGUAUUGGUAGGUGCCUUAGCAGCAGGACUUUCAGCAGGAGAAUCUACUACUCAAUUAGCUGGUGCUAUUGCACAGGCUAAAUCUGCUCUCAGUGUAGUUAAUGGUGUGGCCAGUGUUGCAAGAUAUACAUCUUUAGAAGAAAUAGAACUGCAAGAGUUAGUUCGACAAGUUAGGCAGGAGGAACAGUCUAUUUGCACCACCACGGAAGAAAUAUCAACUACGACAAUUACAGAGGAACCGAACACUUCUAUAAAUGUUGAGGAACCUCCAAAACCGUCCAAUUCUAGACGGCAAGAAGAAACACCUCCUCUACUUAAACGACAAAAAUUUCGUAAUUCACAUACAAUUAUUUAA